AUGCAGGCGAUCGGCGAGUCGCAGCCUCGAGAGGCAACAGUGCAGACAGGAAGCUUGAUGAGCUUCCACAGGAGCUUUGGACACCUUAGUUACAAAGACAUUAAGCGACUUGUCGAGAAUCCAGCAAACGGGCUCGAGCUCACAGACAAAGUGAGAGAGAAUUGCUUGACAUGCUCCGAGGACAAACAGUCCAAGUCGGCACAGCCAAAGAAGAAUAGCGGUCUUAACGAGCCGAUUGACGUGGUCGGUGGGGUCAUUUGCAGUGACCUUAUAGGCCCCAUGACGCCCAUUUACAAGCGGAUAAACCGACACUUAAUUAAUUUUAUCGACCACAAAUCCAACUACGUGCGUGUGGUCGUCGCAAAGUCCAAGGACGAAGCCGCACGAAAGUUCCAGCACUUUAUGGUCUUCAUUUAA